AUGAACUUCGUCGACGUGCAGCCAAAGUCAUUUCUCGACUACGCAUGGACAUCGCCAUCUCCGGCAGCAGUAACUGCGACGAGUAAACCAUCCAAGACGAGCCGGAAGCAGAACCGGUGUUGUGACCAAUGCCGGAAAGGAAAGCGAGCUUGUGACGCCGCUAUUCUAGAAGACACCUUACUGGAGACCAGCCGCACUGGUGCUAGCCCUACGGUAUUUCACUAUAGUGACGUCUAUGGGCCACUAGCUUCGUGUGGAAAUUGUGAGAAGACAAAAAAGACCUGCACAUUCGAAUGGUUGCGCUCUCAGCGUGUAUCACAAGCUUCGCAACCACAGGCGACGAAUGCGCCAUCACCAAAACGACGUCGGACAAGAAGCGACUCGGGUAGUAAAUCACAAAAAGAAAACGGACCGCAUCCAUCCACAACCACUACGAGGCAAACAGACCCCCGAAUUCAACACCACCAACAAUCUCUUCUCAACACCACACCGCCCGAAUUAGGAUUUACGUUUGGUGACUUUCCCUGUGGAACUUCUUCAUUUGCAAUCGACCCAACACCGAAUUUCAUGGAUGAGCCAUUCUUCAAAGGAGAGAUAAGUGAUGCAGAGCCUCUCCUCGACUAUUUAGGCGCGCUCUCCGAGGAAGACUGCAACCUACUUGAUUGUGACUCGGGUAAAGGUUCCUCACUAAGAACCUUAUCAGACGUCAGCGACAAACCUGGUGACAGCCCGAGAACAGACUAUGAAGCCAAUAGCACGACUGAAUCCAACAGCACGACCGAUGCCAAGUCAAUCAGCACAAAUGAAUCACUUGUGCGUGUCGAUAGGAAAAGACGCCGGCGCAGCUCUUCAGCAUCUGUCUCAUACAGUAUACCUCCUUACCCAGUCAUAUCAUAUGCCGACAACCUUCUUCUGUCCGGUAACAAGAUGCACCUGUCCGAAAAGCUGCUGAAGAUCUACCAUGAUAGUUUUGAAAACGCGCUCGCCUGUUGGGUCACAGAAAGGACGUGUCCAUACAGCGCGAGAACCAAUAGCCUUCUCGCCACAAAUGCUAGGCCAGAUUGGACAAGCAUAUACCACCGAGUAAUCCGCCUCGAUAGACUGGCGUCAACAAUCAGAGGGCGGAAACUUACACCAACUGAGGAUCAGGCAGCAUCGAGAGCCUUGGACCUUGCUGUCCUCUCUUUUGCUUCACAGUGGGCCCAAUCCGGACAAACAAGUCGGACAAGAUACCCAUUCCAUAGUACCGCAGUUGAAGGCAACUGCGGCGUAUUCGAUGGCCAAGGAGAGGACCAUGAGACAGUGGGCUUCGACCGUACCCUUCAAACGACCGCGUGGCACGAUGCCCGCAACGCAUUGCAGAAGGCUGGUGAGAUAGAGUCGUUCCGAGUGGUGCUUGCGCAGAUCAUAUUCGCGUUGACACAAAGGCCUAGUGUGACAAACUACGCGUCUACCAAAGACCUGGACGCUGCCAUGACGCAUGAGGUACUGAACUCGCAGAAUAGCACCGAGAAUAUCCAAGGCGCCUCAACUACCUUAGUAGACCCAGAUAUGGACGAGUGCUCAGAUUUGAUGUCAAAGUUAGAUCUCGCAAUUGACGCUGACGGCCCCCCUGUGCACCUCGAAUCAGGCCUCCGGCUCAUACAUUCAUUAAGAUCACGCAUGGCUGUGUCGAGGCAACAACGACGCACCAAGCCUGGGCUAAAGCAAUUUGGAGAACAACGACGUUCACCAGCCAUGCGUCUUGAAGAGGCAGAUCGCGCAACAGUCGACUUACUUUUCUGGCUUGGUGUUACAUUCGAUACGUUAUCAGCAGCAAUGCACAAACGACCACUGGUAGUAUCCGAUGAAGAUAGUGACGUUGUGCUAAACGAGAGUAUGCAAUCGAAUGACUCGGCCUAUCCCGAAACGAAACCAAAUCCCAAGGCCGUGGGCGAUGGUCUUUGGGACGGAUACUUGUUCGCUCGUCAGCAACAUCCGGAACAUACACCUACCAGAUGGCCCUGUUCUUUCGAUCAAGCGGCAACUGCACUCUGCGAUGCUGCUCCAGUCAAAGUGUUGCUUUUUCGGAGAGUAUGCCGUAUCCAAACACUUUUGACUAGGAAUGCUCGUGGUGUAGCGGUUGAAGAAGCCGUCCAUGCGGCACUAGAUGUAUGCAACCAUUGGAACGCGCUCUAUGCACCCUUCAUCAGAGACUGUAUUCAACACCAUGAUAGUCUUCCACCUCGCGUCCAGUCAUGGUAUGUCUGUGUCGCCGGCCAUUGGCACCUAGCCACGCUUCUUCUCGCAGAUCUAAUGGAAGUUGUGGACGAAUCUGAACUUGGCCUUGAGGAGACAACAGAACACCGCAACUUGACCGGCUUUAUUGCCAGAUUCCGGGAGAACAAUUGCCGAAUCUUGUCGGACCUUGCGAGCUGCGCGUGCCCCCGCAGUGACACGCCAUUUCCGUCCUCUCGCGAAUUUCAUUUUACCAUUAACGAGGGCGCAUUACUGACAGAUCCAUGGACCGCAGUAUUGAUUCGCGCCUUCGCAAAAGCAAGUGUGCUACUACUGGAGUCCGAAACACUCUUACCAUCUGACAUGGACCAAGAAGAUGCUUUUAGACGAGCAGAUGAUUGUAUCAAAGCUUUGUGGUUCUUAGGAAGAAAAUCAGACAUGGCUCUUGCGGCUGCAAGGAUACUUGGAGAUGCGUUGAAGCAGCGGCGCAAGAGUGCGCAAGACCGGAUCAGUGACAUGAGUACCUUUCUUGAAAGCCAGUUAUGGCACGAUCUUGACGGCUUAAAUGAGGCUUUCGAUGUAGAAUGUGACCCAUAG